CAAGUGAUAAUGAAUGCUAAUAUUAAUCAGUCUAGUAUUGACGAUGAUGAUGAUAUUGUUUUAGAAGAGUUUUUUGAAUUAGAAGAAGCUUUAGAUUUAUCAAAUUUAUCAUUUUUGUCAGAAGCAAGUAAGCAAACUGUAACAGAUAUAGAUGAUGACAUUUUAGAGGCAGGACCAAGCGACUAG